UAUCGAGUAUUCUAAUUUUUAAGCACUCCGUAUUAUUUUAUCAAAUGAAUUAAUUUUCUAAACAGCAAGUUUAAAUAAUUUUUAACCCCGUCUGUAUGAAAUAAAUUGGUUGACUCGCAACAGAAUUAGAGAAAACGUUUUGAACUUUCCUUCCUUGGUUGCUUUGCCUUGCCGGAUGGAAUUCACACGGAGAAUGAGAAAAACAGACUCCAACGUUUCUUGACCGACUUUUUUUUGUUCGUUGGCCGGAGGUGAAGAUGCCAAGCUGUGAGGUGGGUAAGUACCAAAACGAAGAAGAUGCUGCUCAGAACAAUGGGAUCACGAUCUUCUAUCGGACUUAUGGCCAGGGACCAGUUAAGGUCCUCAUGAUCAUUGGUUUGGCUGGGACGCACGAUUCAUGGCUUCCGCAAAUCAAAGAGCUCGCCGGAACGGUGACUCCCAAUGACUCCGAGUCGCCGUCCGGCGACGGAGGUGGCAAUGGAAACGUCGAGGUUUGUGCUUUUGACAAUCGUGGAAUGGGUUUGAGCUCCGUGCCAAUUAAGAAACACCAAUACACAACAAGAAUCAUGGCAAAAGAUGCAAUAGCUCUGAUGGAUCAUUUAGGUUGGGAAAAAGCACAUGUAUUUGGCCAUUCAAUGGGAGCUAUGAUUGCUUGCAAGUUGGCUACAAUGGUACCUAACAGAAUUUUGUCAUUGGCUUUACUGAAUGUAACAGGUGGAGGUUUCCAGUGCAUACCAAAGUUUGACCGUCGAACUUUGUCAAUUGCUGUCCGUUUUCUCAAGGCAAAAACUCCUGAACAAAGGGCUGCUGUUGAUCUCGACACCCAUUAUUCAAAGGAAUUUCUUGAGGAAUAUGUAGGAACCAGUACACGCAGAGCAAUUUUGUAUCAAGAAUAUGUGAAAGCUAUAUCAGCAACAGGAAUGCAGUCGAAAUAUGGAUUGGACGGUCAGAUCAAUGCUUGCUGGACCCACAAGUUAUCCAAGAAGGAGUUGGAAUCCAUCUGCUCCGCCGAGUUUCCUAUUUCCAUCAUCCAUGGGAGGGAUGAUGUUAUUGCCCAAUUAUGCCAUGCGCGAGCACUUGCAGCGAAGCUAUACCCUUUUGCUAGAAUGGUGGAACUUCAUGGAGGCCAUCUUGUCAGUCAUGAAAGGACUGAAGAGGUAAAUGAAGCACUUCUUCAGCUGAUCAAAGCUUCGGAAAGCAAGAUUAAUGCAUUAGAGUGGACGAAUUUGUCCAUGGAAACUACCGGGUGGAAAAUGAUUCGGUUGUCAAUUACCAGACCGAACGGUCUAUCUUUUGUUUUCUUUUACAUCAUAGGAAGGCUCCAAGUCUUUCUUCUCUUCAUUUUCAGCCUUUUCCUACUAUCAUUUGAACACAUGAGAAGAGCUAUUAAAAGCGUCGUAAAACCCGCAAAAAUUGGAGCCACCCUCACAUGAAGAAGCACGCAAGAAGAGCUGUUAUAAUGAUGGUAACUUUUUUCCAAUUGUUUAUCCCUUUGCAAGGGAGUUUUGUCGUUUUUACCAUCCCCUUCCCUCGGGGAGCUUAUUCGCACAUGUUGUGUUUUAGGGAAUUGUUGACGAUCGCAAUGUAAUUGUACAUGAUGAAAAAUUGGAACCGCACACGCCGUGCGAAUUGGGAAUGGAUGGAACAAGUAAAUUCAUAUUAGUUUUUGAAAGGGCCGGCCCAAUAGGGGGACAAGCAGUCCGUCCGGACCGGGCUCAUAAUUUUAAGGGCCCAACGUUUUUAAAAUAUUACUCCGGUAUAUGUAUGGAAGUCUAGCAUCCAGCCCAAUGUGUCAAAAGCCCAUCUCCUUAGCCGCCCCAUCUCCGUGAAGAACCGGCAGUCGGCUAGUCGCGGAGACAAACGGCAGAAGCUCCGAACCAGACUGAACCAAAUAGGAGAAGAGAGAGUGCCGUGUGCCAGAACACCGCCGGUAGGGAGACGCCGCCGCCGCCGCACCCUCCAGGCAUUCCAUAUUCAGUAACUUUCCAAUUUUAUAAUUUUUUCCUUUCUUUCAUAAUUUCAUUCUUUGGAUAUAAAAUCUAUGAUAGAUUAUUAAUUUUUAAUUCAAAAUCCUUGCUAACGGCUAUGGAACAUGAAUGAAUUAAUGGUUCCAUA